AUGUUGAAGGUGAUCAUCACUUUAGUUCUAGCCUUGGCUAUCGCUUCGGCCUACACCGUUACCGAUCAACCGGCUUUUAUUGAGGAUUUGCCACCAUCUCCAGUUUUAUCGGGACGCAUAACUAAUGGUAUUCGCGCAUCUGCCGGCCAAUUCCCCUACCAGACGGGUUUGUCACUAACCCGUAGCACAGGAACCUACUGGUGCGGUGGUUCUCUGAUUGGUUCCACAUGGGUCUUAACUGCGGCUCACUGCACUAACGGCGUUACUAGGGUCAAAGUUUACCUGGGCGGUACUGUGCGCACUUCGGCCAAGGUCUCGUACACCGUAACCUCGAGCUCUAUACACCAACACACUGGAUAUAAUGAAAAUACUCUGGCCAAUGAUAUUUCGCUAAUCAAGAUUCCAGCUGUUUCCUAUACCAGCGAAAUUUCAGCUAUUAAAUUGCCUUCGAUCUCUUCGUCAUACUCAAAUUAUGUUGGCAGCUACGCCAUUGCUUCGGGUUGGGGACGCACCAGUGAUUCAUCCUCUACUUCAAGUUAUUUAAAUUAUGGCCGCCUCCCCGUUAUAGCUAAUUCGGUCUGCUCUUCAACCUAUGGCUCCAAGGUUGUGACUGGUAAUACGAUUUGUGUAGCUACUCCUGGCGGCGUUUCUACCUGUCAGGGCGACUCUGGCGGUCCGUUAGCUCUAGAAUCAAAUAAUGUGCUGGUCGGUGUUACUUCAUUCGUAUCGUCUAAAGGUUGCGCCUCUGGUGCUCCAGCCGGAUUCGUACGUGUAACCAGCUACUUGGACUGGAUUAAGGGCAAAACUGGUAUUUCCUAUUAA